AUGCAGAGGGCGCGCCCCGUUCUCUGGGCCGCGGCCCUGGCCGCGCUGGCCCUGCUCGGCGGCUCUCCGGGGGCGCGGGCCGGGGCGGGCGCGGCGGGCGCCGGGCCCGUGGUGCGCUGUGAGCCGUGCGAUGAGCGCGCGCUGGCCCAGUGCCCGCCGCCGCCCGCCGCGUCCGCGUGCUCCGAGCUGGUGCGCGAGCCGGGCUGCGGCUGCUGCCUGACGUGCGCCCUGAGUCUGGGCCAGCCGUGCGGCGUCUACACGGAGCGCUGCGGCGCCGGCCUGCGCUGCCAGCCGCCGCCCGGGGAGCCGCGCCCGCUGCAGGCGCUGCUGGACGGCCGCGGGGUCUGUGCCAACGGCAGCGCCGACGGCCGUCUGCGCGACCCCCUGCAGCCCGCGCCGGGGGCGCCGUCCGCGCCAGGAAAUGGCAGUGAGUCUGAGGAAAGCUUCAGUGCCAGGAGCACAGAGAGCCAGGCCGUCCGCAGCACACCCCACGCUCCCGACUCCAAAUCCCACCCUGCUCACACCAAAAUUGACAUCCUCCGGAAGGGGCACGCCAAGGACAGCCAGCGCCACAAAGUGGACUACGAGUCUCAGAGCACAGACACCCAGAACUUCUCCUCUGAGUCCAAAAAGGAGACAGACUAUGGUCCCUGCCGCCGGGAAAUGGAGGACAUGCUGAACCACCUCAAGUUCAUGAACAUGCUCAGCCCGCGGGGAGUGCACAUCCCCAACUGUGAUAAGAAAGGCUUCUACAAAAAGAAGCAGUGCCGCCCCUCCAAAGGCCGGAAGCGGGGCUUCUGCUGGUGUGUGGACAAGUAUGGGCAGCCCCUCCCAGGCUACGACACCAAGGGCAAGGGCGAUGUCCAGUGCUACCACCUGGAAAGCAAGUAGACUCUGCUGCAGCCAUUUCACGUGGGAUCAAAUACGCCUUAUUUUGCACAAGCAACUGCCAAGUACAUGACCAGCAGCUGGCUACAGCCUCGAUUUCUAUUUCUUUAUGUGGUGAAUUGAUUUUUUUCAGAACCAAAGUUUGGAGAAACACGUUUGAAGUGCCUAGGGUUCUUUUAUAUUUGAGCAUCUUUCUACUUUCCAGUAGUCAGUGAAACACAGUCAGAUUUUUUCUUCUCGCUUUCUCUAAAACUCCUUGUCAGCCCCAGGGAGUAGACCAGCCUCAUUGCCCCCACACCUCACAGACCUCUGGCCUGUCCUGACAGCAGCAGCCGGACUGUGUGCUUCAUAGCCAGCCCCAUCAGCUGACAGGCAGGAUCCCCUGCACUCCUGGCGCCUGAACACCCCAACCAGCAUCCUAGUGGCAAGGGCCUCUGUCUCCCAGCUGAUAACCAGCAAGAUGCUUGGUCCUCUUAGAUGGCCGAAAUUGGGCCAGAAUUGGAGCAAGAGUAAGGUUGAAUCUAACUCAAUAGCAAAAAGAACCCAGAACGUUCCUGAAGACACAGAAAGGCCUGUGACGGCUCUUUGCAGGUUCCCCAGGUUGGGAUGGGUUGGGGCAAGGCACUAUGGGAGCCCUUCAUUUUCACAGGCAUUAUGGACAAUAAACACAAUAAAAGAAAUCAGAAUUGUCUUGAAAGGGGAAGAAGGCUUGUUGGGGACUGGUGGAACACACAGAGACUGGCUGUGCUGGUUGCUUUGUGGUCAGUCGUUCUGGUUUUAUCUUUUGAUUCACACAUAUAUACCGAGAAAGCGUUUUCUUCGUUGACAUUGUAUACACAUCAUAGUCCAAUAUCAUAGGACCUAUAUUAGCUAAUCCUAGAUGAGAUGUAGAGAUAUUAGAAAAUGUAAAUACAUGCGUGACCACGGGGAGGGAUGCCUGGGCGGGGGGGCCAGACCUCCAGGCCCGCCUCCUGCCUCCAAUGCAUGCGGCACUCCGCCCUCCCGGGAGCAUAGAAGGGUCUCGAAACAGUCACCUACCUAUCAUCUUUUCUUUAUUUUUUUUAAGUUUUUUUUUGGGGGGGGAAUAUUUUUGAAAAGUUUGUCUUGCAGUGUAUUUAUAAAUAGUAAAUAAAAGUUUUUACCAG